CAGGUUUCUCUCCGACUAUGGUUUAGCUCAGUGGAUCUUUGAUGUAGUUCAAUAAGGCGGCUUAUGAAAUUCGUAUUUCUUUUGGUAAUGUGACAUAUAUAAUCUGCGGAUCGGAAAUUUUCAUAGUUCUUACGAUUUUUAAUCAUUACUGUGAUUUGCGCUAUUAUUACGAACUACGAUGCCGCGAGGAAAAUUCGUAAAUCACAAAGGCAGGAACAGGCACUUCACAAAUCCAGAAGAAUUAGAGGAGCAACGGCGCCAGGAAGAAAAAAAGCAACAGUGGAGAAAAAAUAAAGGGCAGGAGAGUUCGAGUGAGGAAGAAGAUGAUGAGGAGACUAAAACGAGUGGAGCCAAUAGGUCAAAAAGUAGCACCACAGAUAGCAACAGUGAGUCAGAAUCAGAAUCGGAAACAGAGGGAGGAAAAGCAAAAGGUGUAGAGAAUUUAAUUCAAGUAGAAAAUCCAAACAGGGUACAAAAGAAAACAAAAAAAUUAUCUCAACUGAAUCAGUCGUUAGACACUGCAAAACCAGAACUAUCUCGAAGAGAGCGGGAACAAUUGGAAAAACAAAGAGCCUAUGUGAAUUAUCAAAAAUUACACGCAGCCGGUAAAACGGAUGAAGCUCGAGCGGACCUAGCACGAUUGGCUAUAAUUAAACAGCAACGAGAAGAGGCGGCAAAACGACGAGAAGAAGAGAAAAAGCAAAAAGAAAUGGCGCAACAAAAGAAGACAGAGCUAACACAGAAGGCGCUCGGAAAAAAGUCUUAGAACAUUACGAUGACUAAUUGCCAUAAACUUCUAUAACUAGAUUGCUGACUUCGAUUAUUUUAUAUAUGAGAUCUGUUUUCUAUAGCUGAACUAGUAUACACUUUUGGAACUUGAAGUGAGAUAGGUAUAUGUUUGAUACUUGUCGAAAGUGAGAAAGAGAGUUACAGUUUAGUGCAAGAACAGAAAACAGACUAAUGAUAGAAAAAAAAAAACAAAAAUAAUACUGAGAAGUCUCUGUCGGUCACUCAUGCUUAUGUAUAUGUAAGAUUGGUACAGACUUUUGGAUAACGCAUAAUACAUAAAAUAUAAAAGAAUUAACUAAGAGUUUAACUCAGAGUUCUUCAUUUCAUGAAAGAAAAGAUUAAAUGGAUUACUUUUCUUAUAUAUUAUGCAUUAAGGCUCCUGAGUAUUCAGCCAAGAACUCUCGUUGACGACAGCGAUACAGAAUUAGAAUGGUGACCUCGUGGCGAAAUCGAUAGCCACACACAAGCACGAGCACAUGUAUGUACAUGUAUUCUCGACGCGCCGAAAGCGAACACAUGUAUGUACAUGGGCUAGUAUUUAUGUGUGCAUGCGUGCGUGUGUUACAGUGCCUCGCUACGAUAAAUGGCUAAACUUAGAGAUGUGGAAAAGUGAUUUUAAUGAUGAAAUUUGUGCAUGCCAUUUCGUUAUUAUUUGCUUAAUUGUGAAAAUGUGACUUGUUUCGUAUUUAUAAAAGUCCUAAAAAUGGGCAGAAACUAUCUUAGAAUUUUAUACAUAAAAGCGUAUAUUUCACUUAUUUUAACAACUGUUAAACCAUAUUCUGCCCGAAUGUAGGCUCAUUUUACCUACCUUUUACGACUAUUUAUUGACUAUCAAGGGAGAAAGAGACAAUUUUUGUCCAUUUUUAUUUAGUAUUUUAAAGCGAUCUCGUCAUUUAGAUUUGUCCAAAUGUCUUUAUUUACAAAUGGCAUGCAGCAUAAAUUAAUGUGUCAUUUGUCGUCUAUGCCGCCGCGACUACUCAGGAGUCUUAAGAUGCAUUUUUCUUAAGGAGCCGCUCAAACCACCGUUUCAAAAAAGAUUGAACGUGAUGACGCUUUUGUGAACUAUUAAGCGACAACUUUAUAUUAGGAAUGUGAUUUACUUUGAAGAUUUUUCUCAAAAACAUUUAUUUAAACAAUAUAUCGUAACACAAUGUAUAUGUAAACAUUUAAUAACUGUUGUACGAUCAACAUUUAAUUCUCUGGCUAGUUCUGAAGUGGAUAGUGUUAGAUUUUUAUUCAAUAAUGCUUGCAAAUCUACAUUUUUACACCAGCUUUUGUCGUUAAUAUUGAAAUCACCACUUUUGAAUCGACAGAACCAGUAUAUGUCUUAGGAUGCAGUCCACUUGACGCUACAAACGCUUUGGAAACAUUUGACUGAAGAAGAAAAAAUUUCAUUAAUUAACUAAUCAAAAAACAUUUUGUUUGAAAACAUUUGUAGCAUCAAGUAAACCGUAGUCUAUUUGAUGAAACAACAUAAGUUUUUAUCAGAAAGAAAGAGGGCAGAUCAAUCUGUAUCUCUUUCCAUUCAACAGUGCAAUGGGAGAGAGAAUGAGAGAAAGAUCAUCUUUUGUUCAUCUUUUGGUUCCUCUCCCUCAUUAUUGUUGAUUUGAAUACUAUUUAUAGCGAAUUCGAUUGAGCGCACAUAAAAGCCGUCGUACACAAAAUAACGUAAAGAUAUGUUUAUACAUAAACAUAGAAAUCGAUUAAAUCCUGAAUAUUUGAUACAUUUUAUUGUAUUAGAUAAAAUGUGUAUUUUAUAAUUCGAAAUAUUUGCACUUCACUUUUAUACUCAAAUUAAAUCAGUGUACAAUGGCUUUAAUAUGUACUAGUUUUUCCAAUUGAAUUCGCCAUUAAAUAUAGUUCGCAGUGCAUUUUCUAUAUCUUUGGCUUGGCAUCAAACAUGGUAACGAAAUAAUCAGUUUGGUAUGGUCUAGUAAUAGAAGUUUAUGUGCUAAUUGCAUAACUAAUUUAUCACAAUAUAUUAAUAUUAAUAUAUCCGAAGAUUAUUCCGAUUGUCAAAUCUUAAUAAAAUGUGGUAAACUGGUUCAUAUAAUUGCUAUAUACACGUUUUAUGAUAUGUUAAUGUCAUUGUUUAUAUAAAUACAAUGAAUUAUGCAGUCUUUAUAAA